CUCGGCUGUUCAUCUUCUGGGAUAUGCUCUGAUGGUACACCAUAUCCUUGCUCUUGCAGUAAAGGGUACUUUGUAUACCAGUGCGAUGACUCGUCUGCCGGCUGCAACAAUGACCCCUGUCACUACAACAGCAGCUGUGAGGACCUGGACAGCACGUACAUAUGUGACUGUGUGAAUGGAUCGGGAGGAGCUCACUGUGAGAUUGACAUUUACAACCAUUGUGAGAACAAUACGUGCGUAAAUGGCACGUGUGUGGAUGAAAUUGGGGCGUUCUCCUGUAACUGCACAGAUGGCUUUACUGGGGAGUACUGUGAAACUAACAUAAACGAAUGUGCACAUGGUCCUUGUGUUCACGGAACCUGCAUGGAUGGAAUUAACAACUACACAUGCAUCUGUGAACCCGGAUACACAGACCUGGAUUGUUCUACGGACAUUGAUGAUUGUGCCACCGUACCUUGCCAAAACAGUGGCAUUUGUCACGACUUCGUCAAUUAUUUCAACUGCUCAUGUACCCCUGGAUUCAUCGGAUUACUGUGUGAAACAGACAUGGACGAGUGUUCCAGUAACCCGUGCGUGAAUGGCACCUGCAGUGACCAGCCCAACAUGUACAAGUGUACCUGCACACCUGGAUAUGAAGGGGUCAACUGUGACGAAGAGAUCAACGAGUGUGCAACGAGCCUAUGUGUGCACGGUACAUGUGUCGACCACGUCAACAACUACACCUGUAUCUGCGAACCUGGAUAUACAGACUGGAACUGCAGCACAGAUAUCGACGAGUGUGCAACAAACCAAUGUGUGAAUGGUGCAUGUGUCGACCACGUCAACAACUACACCUGUGCCUGUGAACCUGGGUAUACAGACAUGAACUGCAGCACAGAUAUCGACGAGUGUGCAACAAACCCAUGUGUGAAUGGUGCAUGUGUCGACCACGUCAACAACUACACCUGUGACUGUGAACCUGGGUAUACAGACGGGAACUGCAGCACAGACAUAGAUGAGUGUUUCAGUAACCCGUGUGUGAAUGGCAACUGCAGUGAUCUACUUAACAUGUACGAUUGUACCUGCGCACCUGGCUAUGAUGGGAUUAACUGUGACACAGACAUAGACGACUGUUUGAACGGACCAUGUCGAAAUGGAGGAACCUGCAACGACUUCACAAACUCCUAUAAUUGUUCCUGUGUGCCUGGCUUUGGGGGCACUGACUGUGAAACAGCCAUUGAUGCCUGUGCAGGGAAUCCCUGUCAAAACAGCGGAACAUGUACACAGUCAUCCGGCGGUUUCACCUGCUCCUGUCCAGCUGGUUUUAUGGGGGACACGUGUCAGACAGAUAUUGACGACUGUGCUUCUAACCCUUGUCAAAAUGAAGGCACAUGUACAGAUCGUAUCAACGCAUUUGAGUGUCUCUGUCCUGCUAACUUUAGUGGCCUACUGUGUAACAUCCUAAUGAGCUGCACGUGCCCUUGUCGACUGAACAGUAGCAUUGACAGCAAUGAACUGGCCGCAAAGAUCAAAUGGCUCAAAGCAUUACUAACCGUCGACAAAAGUAAACUGUCCAGCGCAUUACGGAAAAAGAUCAGCGUUCCGGAUGAAAGGCCUUCAGCAUCUGGAAUCGGAUUCAGUGGAAUAUGCUGUCUUGUUGCCGCCUUUGGAUUCUUCUUGAUUAUGGACUGUAUUAAUGUUAUACAAUUUUUAACUAGACAAAAGGAUCCUGAAAAAACACUCAACGUGAAGUAAAGACCUAAGAGUAGGACAUAACGGCAAACGACAUUUGAAGGCAGAGAGAUUUGUACUUGUGUUGCUGUGAUUGAUCUUACAGAAUACUCAUGGCAUUCUUUUCUAUUUAUUUAGUUCGUUCAGAAAUAUGCCCAAAAUAGUUUGUUGUCAGUGAUGAAAAAAAUGAAUAAUUUAUUUUGUGGAAAAUACUCAAACGUCAAAAUGUUUGUGUUAAUAGUGAAAACUACCAUAUUGUGUGAUGGUGUAUGGUAAAUAUAUGAUUUGUUGAAUACAGCUGGGAACAAAAGGUUAAGAAAACAACAUAAAUUAUAAACAUAUGCUGCCUCAGUAGAAGACAGUCUACUGACCACUGCGAACAUGUGUAUCGUCAUUCACACACACACUCCUUGUCACAUAAUGUCACUCCAAAAUAUGUACUUUUAUCUCUCACAAACGGUAUCUAAAAACUGAAAGUAUUCCUGGAACGUGCGCUUUAAUGUAUUACGGUACACAGUCAGUGAUUACCAUAUAGGCAAAAACAGUAUUGCCCACAGAUAUUGUUUUCUUCUUUGCCAGUGAGCGCCUUUCGCGACAAUCCGUCUAUCAUUCGCCCGCUGGAGUGCCCUUUAUCAAAGGGAAACUACUCCAGCAUGUAAAACCUCACGUUCUUUUAGAGUCUGCCUGGCCUUGCGUAACAUUUCUUAACGGGAUUUCGAAAUGCAGUCAAAUAUGCCAGCGACAAAAUGAAACAAGGUCAACUUUCCGACCUAUUUCGGUCAAAACUGUUUUUAAUUCGGGGAUAAACGAUUUUAGGUAUCUUAGACUAUUAUUCUGAUAAUGAUAGCAAUGUUCGUAGUAAUUAGUCGCCGAUAGAAGAGGGGAUGUUAUAUGGGUUUGUAACCACUGAAAGUAAUACCUACCUGUCCAUUUAUGUUUGCAUUUCUCAUCCGUAUAUGAGACGGUACCGUUUUUAGCCGUUGGCUGUAUCCUGCCGAGAAACUUACCCAUUGUUAACAAUGUUUGUCACAUACAAUGUAGCUUUUCCACAUGCACCGCGUAUGAAUAGCAAGACAGGCUUAUAAACUCAAAAUGACAAUGAUGUACGUUUUACUACGUCUACAUUUAUCUCACAUACUACAUACGCAUCUGUCACUGUUAAGUGUCACAUGUCUUAUUUGUUUCAAUUUCCAACAUUUUAUGAAUGCACUGGCAUAUGUAAGGGUUUGAUCUCUUUGAAUCAGCAUUAAGUUAAUUUGAAACACAUCACAUAAAUUCAUGAUCAUUUUCUGGAUAGAAUCAUGCGAACUUUAAGCAACCAUACUCCACUUUUGAUGUAAAAUAACACAACGUAGAAACCACAUAGACACCAACCAAUCAUUUACCAUCCCAUUCCUUUUAUGCCUUUUUAUGUAAUUAUUCGAUCGUUUGCUUAGUUUGUACUGAUAGAGGAUGUCUAAUUCAUUGUUAAAUACUUGAAACUGUUUUCUUGCAAAUUCAUUUCCUGGAUAGAAUCAUGCGAACUUUAAGCAACCAUACUCCACUUUUGAUGUAAAAUAACACAACGUAGAAACCACAUAGACACCAACCAAUCAUUUACCAUCCCAUUCCUUUUAUGCCUUUUUAUGUAAUUAUUCGAUCGUUGGCUUAGUUUGUACUGAUAGAGGAUGUCUAAUUCAUUGUUAAAUACUUGAAACUGUUUUCUUGCAAAUUCAUUUCCUGGAUAGAAUCAUGCGAACUUUAAGCAACCAUACUCCACUUUUGAUGUAAAAUAACACAACGUAGAAACCACAUAGACACCAACCAAUCAUUUACCAUCCCAUUCCUUUUAUGCCUUUUUAUGUAAUUAUUCGAUCGUUGGCUUAGUUUGUACUGAUAGAGGAUGUCUAAUUCAUUGUUAAAUACUUGAAACUGUUUUCUUGCAAAUUCAUUUCCUGGAUAGAAUCAUGCGAACUUUAAGCAACCAUACUCCACUUUUGAUGUAAAAUAACACAACGUAGAAACCACAUAGACACCAACCAAUCAUUUACCAUCCCAUUCCUUUUAUGCCUUUUUAUGUAAUUAUUCGAUCGUUGGCUUAGUUUGUACUGAUAGAGGAUGUCUAAUUCAUUUUUAAAUACUUGAAACUGUUUUCUUGCAUGCAACGCAUCGUGUUACAUGAAAAAGAAAGAUGUACGGCGAUUCCUGUGUGGAAGCUGUGUCCAGGUGUUUGCUGCAUCGUCGACAUACCUGUAAUCAGUCAACUUUACAAUUUGUAUAUAUCACACAUUUUCAAUCUCUAUGUUUGGUAUAAAAAAAAACAUUUUGUGUCAUUUUGUAAUAAAUGAU